CCAGAGGGGAAAAGGAGGAAACGGAAAAAACGGUCGAUAAAGGUCUGCGCUCCUAGCUGCUGCUGCCUCCUCUCUCUUCUCGGAACAAAUUCCUCAUCGAAUCCAUAUGAUCAUUCUUCCCACUCUGCAACCCCUCCGAUUGUCUGAACCAUUCAACAGUCUGGUUUUACUCGACGAAGAAAGUGAAGAGAUGGCGAAAGCGGAACCCUGUUGUUCUCCCCCAGAGACUACCGCCGGCUCUCUGCUUUUUUAAGUACAACGGUCGUCGGCUGGUUCCCCAUUUCCCGGUCUUUGUUUCUUCUCCUUCUCCUUCUUCUUCUCAAUUGUUAGGGUCUUCUUGGUCGUCUGUUUCGUGCUUUUUUAGGGUUAGGAUCUUAUGGAGGAUCUUUUCCUGAUUCUGUUUUUUUCUCUUACGGAGUCUGUGGGUUUCCAGCAUUAGGGUGUUUGAGGUUUCUUUUGAAUUUACGUUUGGUUUUCUUUGGGACGACGCAAGCCGUGCUUGAAAUGUGGUCUUUGUUCUGUGGGGGUUAGGGUUUUGAGUGGUGGUCUGGUUUCUUUUCGGGAGUUUACUGUCGGUUGUUGUCGUUGAAUGGGAGCCGCAACAAUGGCGACGAAUGGAGGUGAAGGGCCUCAUUUACCGCAGCCCCAGCCCUUGGUGAGGCAGGGCUCUCUGUAUAAUCUUACGAUGGACCAGUUGCAGGGCCAUUUGGGAGACCUGGGGAAGCCAUUGAUGAGCAUGAAUUUGGAAGAAUUUUUGAAAACGGUCACGGCUGCCGAGGAGAACCUGGGCUUCGGCCCGCUGACUGCUGCGGAUCCUUCAUUCCUUCUCGAUUCACCUGCUGUCCCCGGCAUCCUGAGGCAACCCAGCAUGGUAUGUGAUCAAGAUUUUGGUCAGAAGACGGUCGAUGACAUUUGGAGAGAGAUUCAGCAGGGACGAGGAGGUGCCACUCAUGAGGAGCAAAUGGUUGAGAGACAGCCUACGCUUGGGGAGAUGACCCUUGAAGACUUUUUGUUCCGUGCGGGCGCGCUGACCCAAACUCCGGAGCCUUCCCUUGCCUCAUCGAUGCAACCGAUGCCAUCGAUGCCAUUAAUGCCAGCGGAAGUUAUGCCUGUAUGCCAGCAGGAAUGGAUGCAGUAUCAGCUUAGCAACGCAGCGGCGGCUUCAUCUUCCUCUUCUUCGGUACCGCCCCAGCUGCAACCAAAUUUGGCGGGCAUGUACGUGCAUGGAUUUGAAGUUGGAGGGAAUAACCCCGCUUUGGAUCUUGGGUUUGUGGACAAUCCUUUAACUGCUGCUUCCCCAAUUCUACCCAUGCCGGUUGCUUCACAGAGUGUUGACAGAAAGAGGACAGCUCAGGAUGAGAUCAGGGAGAGAGCAAUUGACCGGCGUCAGAGGCGAAUGAUAAAAAACAGAGAGUCUGCUGCACGGUCGCGUGCUAGAAAGCAGGCGUUUACCACACAACUGGAGGCCGAGGUUUCAAAGCUAAAGGAAGUGAAUAUAAGUCUCAAGAAAGAAAAGGCGGCAGUUUUUUGUUGAUCCCUUUAGAGUUUCAGUUGAUAGCUUUAAGAGGUACCGCAUGCUGAUCUGUAAUGAUUCAUCUGAUCUCCAAUAGAUUCUGUAGUUAGUAACAUGACAUCGGGGAGGUGGUAAAGUAACUAGAGAGGACAUGAAUAGGCUAUGUUUGUGUUGGUUUCUUUAAAUUAUGAUGUAUAUAUGGCUUUCAGUGGAACAGUAUUGUGUUAGUUUGAUGAAAAUAUUAAUGAAUGUCAAGAGUGUUUUAUAGUAACAUGAUAACUUAUAGAAAAUUUUAUGGAUGACAAGAUCCUCUUUUCACUCCUUAAAUAUAGCAACUGGCUAACUUUUGGUGGUUGAGGAUAGAAGCAUCAAAACCCAAGAUUUAUGAGUGGAGGGAGAGGUAUCCCUCUUGGAUUGGUAACUGUGAUACCCUUUGAUUCUAAUUCUGUGACUACUUUUGCUUCCACAAACGUCAGGGCCUUGUGGAGGUUUCCUCGAAUAUAUUUAAAAAAUAAGUGACUCUGUGAAGAUAGUGAAAUGCAAUGGAAUAAAUGCAACACAAAAUUUGUCUUGAUGAAUGAAUCAUGAAUGUGAUUUUUUUCAUUAAGUUCCAUCAUCUGGUUACAAUCGUUAAACUACCUUGAUUGCAGAAGUAAUUGGUAUAAAAUAUAAGCUCACAGUUCUCUUUGAUGGGACUUAACCCAACUUCUCAUAGUCAUGAUAUCCUGAAAACUGAGUGGAUGAUCAUGAGUUUCCUUAACCGGUUUUUUGCUUUAAAGAUGAAAAACAACCCAUUCAGAGCAAGAUAAAAGAGCUCCUUCCUUGCAGUAAUGAAACUCAAUAUAGUAGCUCUUGGGAGGGUAAAGGGAUUCGGCCAUAAAUGAUAAAUGUCCUUAUAACAGGAUACAGAUUGACAAGGAAGAGUACGACAGAGUAUGACUACCGAAAUGCUGCUGUGAGAUAACAUACAGGACUACGUGCACGUAUGAAUUUGUAUCACCUGAUCUGCCUUCUUCUAAAUGUGGCUGGUGACCAAUGUGAAUCUACUCUAAGGAACAUGAAUGGUGUGGCAAUAUCUCCUAAACAAAAUAUGAGCUAUUUCAAAUUCUCAAAACAUUGUUAUACAUUCAAAAAAUACAGUACUAUCCUUUUGAUGAAAAUGUCAUGAUUUUAUCAUGAUAUAUCCAAUUUGCUGAGUCGCUCACCUUUUAUGUAAAUCUCUAGCGAUUUUGCUGUUU